UCAAAUGGCUAAAAUUUAUCAAAAACUUAUUUCGUUAGCUCGGUUCUAGUUUACUGUUUGAUUGCAUUCGAGCAAAGUACUUCAUCGGGGAUAUACUGAAUUUACACAAUUCACUAUGAUUGAUGACGUGUAAUCUACAAUCUAUAAUUAAGUCCGCUAACUGGUCGUCGGAGUGUGUUUAAGCAAUUGAAAUAUUACUGGGAGAAUAAUUGAGAACCAUGGUUGAAUCUAAAAUUUGCUCACCAACCAACACGUUUUUUCUGUAUUUGACGUAACCCGCUGUGUAUGUGUGUUGUCCUUGGUGUCCAGUUUUUGUUUUUAUGAAAAGUAGAUUUUUUAAAAUUCCAUAAUGUAGCCAUUGCGAAUUCCUUAAGUUGAUAUUUUGCGGAAAUUUCUGGCAACUGAUUUUUACUUAUUCUUCGAAUAUGUAUCCCCAUCGAUUUAUGUUAUAUUAAAUAUAAAUCUUAAAAUGUCCAACACCAAAGUGCCUCCGGAAGAAUCACUGCCGAAAACUGGAAAAGUAAGCGAAGUCUGCCAAGAAUGGAUGGUGAGAGAAGACAGCGCUCUGGCCUACCGGCUACAGAGCCAAGAGUUUACCGACCAUCUAUCUGGGAACAAAUUCCGAAAUGCUGUGGUACGAGAAGAUUUUCCUAGAGCCAAAAAUGAACAAAUUAAAGAGCAAAUAAUGGCUGAACAGGCGGCUGCAAUUUACCAUAGAAUGUUGGAAGAACAAGAGGAAAUUGACAAACAAGUCGCCAAGGAACUAGCAGAAAAAUUAGAAAAGGAGGAUAAAUUACGAAAAAGAGCUGUUGAGUUGCGAGACCAAGAUAUUGCCAGACAGUUGUUGGAAAAUGAAAGACUGAGGGUACAACGUCAACAGCAGUUAAAUCCUGUACAGAUGUCGCCCCAUAAGGCUGCGUUUAUAGAAACACGGAACCAUUGUCAUAAUAUAUCACCUCAUAGGCUGCCACCACACUCUGGCUACCAGUCAUCUAUCUUACCCAAAAGACAAAGUUUAGCUAUGCCAUUGCCACAUGAGCCACAGUCUAGCAGCAGGAUGGAAGUGCCUAGGAAAAAUGGUAUUAAUACCGAGCUUGAUAGUGCAGAAUUGUAUAUGGAACCUUACAAUCCAAUUAGCAAUUUAUCGGACCGGUUGGAUCAUAUUGCCUUGCCAUCUGAACUUGAAGAAAUUGGCAUACCAGUAGAUGAAGUAAAUGAGAGAAGAAUUCAGGAGGAGCAGGAUGCUAAACUGGCAAGAAAAUUGCAAGAACAGGAAAGUAGCUUGGAAGAUACUUUGGUUAAUAGAGAUAGGAUGCUGGCGAUAGAGGCACAAGACAAGGAGCUGGCAAAACUGUUGCAGGAACGAGAGAGAGCAAAAGCUAAGAGAGCAAGGGAACGAGCUAGACAAAAAGGUAUUGCUAGGAAACAGCAACAGCAACCUGCACCUGGUAGUCCACAAGACCCAAAUAAAACUCUGCUGAUGCCAGACGACUCGUACGCCUUUCCGGCAGAUAUAGUCACGAAGCCAUUAUCAAAUGUGCCAAAAAAUAUUGCCGCCGUUUCAGAUGUGUAUGCUGUUCCUAAUGCAGACGAUGAAGACAUCAACUAUAGUCUUCCAAUUGAUAUGAUUCCAUCUGGUUCAAUUGGGGGUCAUAAUAUAAGCAACAAAACAACUGACUUGGAAGCGAGCUGUUCCGGAUCUAUUGGAAGACCGACCCAUUUGGAUCUAAGAUCGCCACUUAAUAAAAUGGGGAAGCCACGCUAUCCCGAGCCUGAUGUAUGCAAUACCAACAGUAGCAGUGCAGGCGGCAUUUCAGCUGAAACUUCUCCCCUGCAGCAUUCAAAUAUAGCCAUGGCGAUAGAUCCUACUUAUACCAGACGUAGCGGUUAUCGACCGCCUUCUAGUUAUGAUACCACUCCAAGUACAGUUACCACAUCAACGUCUAGCAGCAGCCCGGGCGUACUGUUGUCAACACCAGUUGUUGAAGAACUGGAAGAUGAUUGCCCUGCACCGCCUUAUAUGCCCAUACAAGGUCAAAGGCGUACUUCAUCCUUAGAAAAAAAGAAGAAGAAAAGCAAAGAUAGCAGCUGCAAGCAGCAAUAGGUGAAGUAUCAAAUGAGUGUUACCAGUGGUUCUUUGGAAGAAGGUUAGAAUAUUUUAUUAGUUAACGACUUAAAUGUCAGUAUUGCAAAUUUAUUACGAGAGAUUGCCUAUGCCCAAACAUGAUAUUGACAUAAAAAUUACCAAUAAUUCAAAGCCCAAAUUUGGGGCAGCUCUCUAAUUUUAUGACCACAGCAAUUUGGAUGAUUUGAAUUCCCCAACUUUUUCUGAUUUUCCCCGUUUUUCAAAAAUAUUGAAAUAGUCACUCGGAAAUAAACAAACAUUAAACAAAACUCUUGUUGCAAUUUUACAUUAGACGUUUAAGCUGUGCCUAAAAGUUUUGGUUGGUCUGUCAGUCUGGGUUAAAGAUUAUUUACCUUGCAGUUUGACAUUGCCAAGUCAUAGUUUCAUUGCAUUACAUACUGUAAAAAAUAAAUUUGUUUGACAAAAUUAACAACAUUUAUUCAGCUUUUCUGUUACGGACUAUUUAUUUGCCGCACUAGGACCAGCUACUUAAUUUGUUAAUAUAGUUGAAGUUGCUGAACACUCCCGUUUAAGCUUUAUUAUUAAUGCCAAAAUAAGGUGUAUUGAUUUACCCUUACCUCCAAAAUUUCUGGUAGACUUCGAUCCAGACCUUUUAGGGAUGUCCGUUAUAUUUCUAAAAUAAUUAAAAGUCCGAGACUUUUAGUGUGAUGACAA